GUACUCUUCUCGUUCAGUGUUUGAUCUUUGCUACAGAAUUAAAUAAACCACUCCUUGUUGGUUUUUGCAUCCGAAUCCGUAAUAUCCGGAAUCAGCCAAACUUCACAUUGCCGUCUGUUCCCUUGACGACAGAAGACGAGAAAUCUUUACACACUAAAACGAUUAUCGGGAAACUUAUAAAUAUAUCGGAAAUAUAAAAUUAGAGUAGAAAUGAUUUUUGGUAUACCUACUCCAUCGUUCAUGAAGCGAAGCAACUCAAAACAGGGUCUUCUGAAUUUAGGAACUCCUUCAACCUCAGCAUCUUCUCGCUCUUCUUCCAAUUCUGGAAACUUUAAGGGAAGUAAGUCUUCAAUUUCAACGCCCCCCAUGUCCGGAUCCGGCCGGAAUAUAGCAAAUGGUACACCACCUCCUCCACUUCCCAAACUCAAUACAACACUUGCCAGCCCUACUUCUUCCGAAAAGGCUGCAUUUGGAUCAGGGGAAUUUUCACCAAGGAAACAAAGGCAAUUAAGUGAAAGGGUGAGAUCAGCCCCAUCAUCCCUUGUACGACAACUGAGAAGUUAUUCGAAUUCUAUUCACUCUAUGGCUAAUGGGGAUGUACCUGACUCUCCAAUUCGUACUUCUCUGAAGAAAUUCCCUUCUUCAAACUCAAUAACUGGUCAAGCUCUUUUAAAUUCUAAUAGAGCAGUCAUGGAUAAUCUUCCUGCAGAAUUAUCACCAGUCGUUACUCUUAUCAAUGCUCAGAAACUUCGUACUUAUGCUAUUGGUACAUUCCAAGUUCCUGGGCUUGAUGAGUCUCAUAAUCGUGUUUGGGUGGAAGUUGAAGGUAAGCUCACUGGGAAUGAAUUAGCUAUUUGGAGACCUUCCGAAGAAGAAUAUCAAGUGGAAACCGAUGAAUAUAAACCUAAAUAUAUAAACUUGACGGAUUCAACAUGGGAAUGGGGAACCGACGAAAAAUUUGAUUUGAAAAUCAGUCAAGGUUUUAAUGAUUCAUUCCUCAUUAAGUUCAAUGAACCAGAAGAUAUUUUUAAUUGGGUUGGUGCAAUUUGUCUUUCAAAUUUUGAAUAUACUUCCCUUAACGAAGCAUUCACAGCAUCUAUUCUUUCUCUUAAAGGACCUAAAUUAUCCGACAUUCAUAUAUUAUUGUCACAAAAGAAAAGAUUCCAAAGAUCGGAAUGGUGUAAUUUAAGACUUUCACAAAUUUCUUCGAAAUGGCUUAAAGUUUUCGUUGUAACAAUCCCACUGGAGAAUAAAAAGAAAAAGAAUGGUAGAAUUGAAAUUUAUUUGAAUGAUAAACCAUCAAAGAAGAAUUUGAUAUUAUAUGUCAAUAGAGUUGAUGAUUUAUACAACGUUUACCCAGAACAACCCAACAUGAUUGAUUUCAACUCUAUUAUGAAGUUGGAUGGUGAGAUAUACAUAAAUAAGAGUUUUGAGUCCUUGUUUGUUCAUGAUAUACCCCUGUCUUUGCCAUUCAAUGGGUCUCAAUUGACACAUUCAUCCAGUAUGCUGGGACUUCUGAAUCUUCGAAGCUCUUCAUUUGCGUUUAAAUCACAUUCUAGAACCGGGUCUGCCAGCUCCCUCAGUUCCAAUACUGGCCAUAGAAAUAUUUCUGUCAAUUCUGCAUCUUCCUUUUUCGUCAAUGCUCCUUCACCUAAACAACACGAAAAUACUUCAUCUAUUUCAACUUCACCAAAGCAAGCUACUACAAGUUCACUCUCUUCUCAAUUUUUCAAGAAGGAAGCUUUCCAUUUUGUGAGCACUGAUUAUCUUUACUUGAUGCCAGUACAUCAUCCAGGUGUUGCACCAGUGGAGACUAUGAUUCGUAAUUUCAUUGAUAUCGCUGACUCCUUUAAGUUGUACGGAAGACCUGAUCACUUUGUAUCGGACAAAAGAGAAACUGAAAGUAUGUUGUUUGGACUUCCCUCUUUACCUCAUUACAAGUACUUGUCUAUGAGCGAGAGUGUCGCACUUGUAAAGGAAAAUUAUCUUUCAUCAUACCAAAACAUGUGGAGCAGCUAUGAUUGGAGAUGUGUUUUCAAGAAUCACAUUAGAUCUAAACAAAUUAAGAAGUCUGGUUAUAAAGGAAGUGGAGAUAUCUUAAAAUUGUACAAGUCUCUUGAUCAUUUGGAAAUCGAUGAUCAUGAUUACGGAAUUUCCAAGAUUUUAGGUGCUUCUCCAAGAAUUCAAAUCCCUACAAAUACGUCAGGUCUGCUUGAUACUCUCAAUGAUAGUGUUGGCGCUGUUGGAUCUUCUCUUAGUCCAAAUUAUGAAUUAUCGCACUCUGUCUCUACAAAUGGAUCAAUUCCAGGUCAAACUGAAGGUACACCUUCAUCUCUCGGAUCUCCUCUCGGAGCCCCACUCGAGUUUGAGAAAAGUUCUAGAUCUCCAGGUCCUCAAGGUAGUGAACAUCCUUAUUAUUCAUUUAUGAAUAAUAAUUCUGAAUACGAAUCUUUGAACCCAUCUCCAUUCGUUUCAUCUCCCCUUCGUCCUAAAGUAUAAGGACAUUUUUAUUGCAUUUAUACAUUACACAAUAAGCCA